UUCUUAAAUUGUGUAGAAGUGUAGAAAUAGGCCGCAGCACUGUGAUACGUAAACGUUAGCCGGUGAUUGCGAAGGAGGUGAGCAUCCUUGGAUUAUCAAAUGGGGCUGCUAGUCUUGGCCUGUGUUUCAUUGUUGGUGAGUGGGUCUUUGGCUGUGGAUCGAGGAAACUUCAAAACCUGCGACCAGAGUGCCUUUUGCAAACGUCAACGGGCACUGAAGGCAGGCCAGUCCCCGUACAGAGCUCUGCUGGACACGCUGGAACUCAGUGAUUCCAGGGUCACACUACAGCUCAUCAAUGACAACAACAAGGUGCGUCUUCUGCUGGAGCUGUACCGGCUACAGGGCAACAUGACACGGGUCAAGAUCAACGAGCUGAAACCACUCAGGCCGCGCUAUGAGGUGCCGGACGUGCUGGUGUCCGACCCACCCACUGAGCCUCUGUCGCUGUUGUCUCAGGAUGAUAACGGCGUGGUGCUGUCCCUGGGAGCACAGCGGCAGCAGAGGCUGAUCGUCAGCGCUCGGCCCUUCCGGCUGGACAUCGUGGAGGGACCCGAGGUGCUGAUGUCCCUCAACUCCCGGGGCCUCCUGGCCUUUGAGCACCUGCGUGUGCGCAAGGACACUCAGGCCAAUCCUGAGGGUGGCGAGGCGAAGGAGAAUGCAGAUGGAGAAGAACAGCAGGAGGAAGCGAAGGAGACCGCAGAAGAAGGUGCUAAAGAGGAGGAGAUAGACGGCAUGUGGGAGGAGACAUUCAAGUCGCACACUGACAGCAAACCGAAUGGGCCGACCUCCAUCAGUCUAGACUUCUCUCUGCCCGGAGUAGAACACGUCUAUGGCAUUCCAGAACACGGCGACAAUCUCAAAUUGAAAACCACAGACGGUGGGGAUCCCUAUAGGCUGUAUAAUCUGGACGUGUUCCAAUACGAGCUGUUCAACCCCAUGGCCCUGUACGGAGCCGUACCGGUCAUGCUGGCCCAUAGCACAGCGCGCACCAUGGGCCUCUUCUGGCUCAACGCUGCAGAGACCUGGGUGGACAUCAGCUCCAACACUGCUGGAAAGACGGUGUUUGGGAAGAUGCUGGACUACGUCCAGGGCGCCAGCGAGACGCCACAGACGGACGUGCGCUGGAUCUCCGAGAGCGGCAUCAUCGACGUCUUCAUCAUGCUCGGGCCCACUCCCUCUGACGUCUUCACCCAGUACGCCUCGCUGACUGGCACUCAGUCCUUCCCCCCCAUCGCUGCGCUGGCCUACCACCAGUGUCGCUGGAACUACAACGACCAGGAGGACGUGCAGGCCGUGGACAAGGGCUUUGACGAGCACGACAUCCCCUACGACUUCAUCUGGCUGGACAUCGAGCACACCGACGGCAAGCGCUACUUCACCUGGGACGCCCACAAGUUCCCCAACCCCAAGGACAUGCUGCAGGGCAUUAUGGACAAACGGCGCAAGAUGGUGGCAAUCGUAGAUCCCCACAUCAAAGUAGACAGCAACUACAAAAUCCACAACGAGAUCCGGGCCCAAAACUACUACAUCAAAAACAAAGACGGAGGAGAUUAUGAAGGCUGGUGCUGGCCUGGGAGUGCUGGCUAUCCAGAUUUCACCAACCCUCCGAUGCGAGACUGGUGGGCUAGUAUGUUUGCCUAUGAUCAAUAUGAGGGUUCGAUGGAGAACCUGUACACAUGGAACGACAUGAAUGAGCCGUCUGUGUUCAAUGGGCCGGAGGUGACCAUGCAUAAGGAUGCUAAGCAUGGAGACUGGGAGCACCGCGACGUCCACAACCUCUAUGGCUUCUACGUGCAAAUGGCUACUGCUGAUGGUUUGAUCCGCCGCUCAGGGGGAGUUGAGCGUCCGUUCGUCCUCACCAGGGCCUUCUUCGCUGGGUCUCAGAGAUACGGAGCGGUAUGGACCGGUGACAACGCGGCAGAGUGGGACCACCUGAAGAUCUCCAUCCCCAUGUGCCUCAGUCUGGGCCUGGUGGGCAUCUCUUUCUGUGGAGCUGAUGUCGGGGGUUUCUUCAAGACGCCCAGCCCUGAGCUGUUGGUUCGCUGGUACCAGACGGGUGCCUACCAGCCCUUCUUCCGCGCCCACGCCCACCUGGACACCCCCCGGCGUGAGCCCUGGCUCUUCGGGCCCGAGAACACGGCGCUGAUCCGCGAGGCCGUGCGCCAGCGCUACGCCCUCCUGCCCUACUGGUACCAGCAGUUCUACCAGGCCCACAGAACCGGCCAGCCCGUCAUGAGACCAUUGUGGGUAGAGUAUCCUAAGGACACAGCCACGUUCACCAUGGAUGACCAGUUCCUUAUUGGGAAGGACUUGUUGGUGCACCCUGUAACCGAGGAGGGCUCCCGGGGCGUGACGGCCUAUCUGCCAGGACACGGAGAGAUCUGGUACGACGUCCACACAUUCCAGAAACACAACGGUGCUCAGAGCCUGUACAUUCCUGUUACCAUGAGUUCUAUCCCAGUAUUCCAACGUGGUGGUUCCAUUAUUCCCAAAAAGCUGCGGGUCCGGAGGUCCUCCUCAUGCAUGGAGAAUGACCCCUACACUCUCAUUGUGGCUCUCAGUCCCCAGAGAACUGCAGAGGGAGAGCUCUACAUUGACGAUGGCCACACCUUCAGCUUCGACACCAAGAAGGAGUUUAUUCACAGAAGCCUAACUUUUGCCAACAAUGUCCUCUCCUCUAGGAACUUGUGCCCUGACAGCCAGUUCUCCUCUCCCUCCUGGAUCGAGAAGGUGAUCAUUCUUGGGGCCAGUAAUCCCAAAGGGGUCAACCUUAAGACUGAUGGUAAAGAGACUCCACUGGAGUACGAGUUUGAUGCCUCCAUGUCGGUGCUGACCCUCCGUAAGCCUGGCGUGAGCGCUGGCGCAGACUGGACUGUGGAGCUGCUGUGAGGCUGAUGGGACUGGGCUCAGGAUCCAUAGGCUGUUAUGGGGGUGCAGGAGAGUGGCCACAGGCUGUGGUGACCACACGUGGAGAAAUGACCAAGGAAGGGAAGCUUGUAAGAGGCACAUGGAGACCAAGCUGAUCGAGUAUGGGACUACUAUCAGAUACACACACACACACACACACACACACACACACACACACACACACACACACACACACACACACACACACACACACACACACACACACACACACACACACACACACACACACACACACACACACACACACACACACACACACACACACACACACACACACACACACACACACACACACACACACACACACACACACACACACACACACACACACACACACACACACACACACACACACAAAUGCAAGUGAAUUUCCCUGAAGUAGACCAAUAGGUAUGGGACUCUUUAGACGCGAAACAAUCAUACACACACACACAGACACACACAAACACAUCUAUGAUCAUCAUAACAGGUGAUGACUUAUCACCUUUGCCAUCCAGGACCACAAUUGAGUUAUUAGGCAGGGAUCACAUUAGCCAGCGGCAAGCGGCAGCGGCAAGAGUAACGCAACGCUCAGACCAUAAUAAUACAUCCAAAACAGUAUAUCUCGUUGCUAAGUUCAAUCUUGUUGCUACGUCCUUAGUCAAAUCUGAUUGGUUAAAAUACCUAAACAUUCCAAAACUGAUUGUGACGAGCCGAGCGUUGCGCUUCAAAGUUGAACCAAGUUCAACUCACAGUUUGCUCAACGCUAGCGUUACGCCAGCGUUGUCACCAUUCCGCUGCCGAACCAUAGAGAACAAUAGGAAACCUGCCGCUUGCCGCUGGCUAGUGUGAUCCCCACCUUACUGUGUGACCAUGUCAUAAAAAAAAAAAAAAAAAAAAAAAAUCUUAGAUGAACUCCUAGGACUAGGUGGUUUUUUUUUUUUUUUUUUCCUUUUUCCGUUUUUAUAAAUGUCCAUGUCUAUGUCAAUUCAAUCUUGAUCAUGUGAUUGUUGAAUAUAUAUUUAACUGACAAAGUCUAAAGUCAAAAUGUUUUUUUUAUUAUUAUUUCUGAGAAAUUUCAGGCAUUUCAUCGGAAGGUAUUUCAUCUGGAUCUCUAUAAACAUUUUAAUAACCUAAUCAUGCCUUGUGAAAAUCAGUAGUCACCAUAGCAUGGUUGAGCCUUUAGAAAUCGUCACCCAUUUCUUCUUACUGUCCUGAACAACACAACACUCGGUAUUGUGCCAGAUUUUUCUCUAAUUUGGGAAAACAUUGAGAUACUGUGUCCUUAACUUCAACUUGAAAUACUUGAUAAUUCUGUGAGACAGUUUAAAUAUGUCUUGCUAGUACUGGCUCUGUGUAUUGUAAUGUGAUGGGUGGGUAAGGGGAAAUGUGGCAGCUUAAGCGGGAAAUUAAAUUCAAACUAAGAGUUGUGACAUAUUUUCAGGGGAAUAAACCACUGAAUCUGGAACAACUACGUUGUUUUUUUUGUUCUUUGCAUUCUGAGAUUGUGUUGAAUUCAUUAUGUUCAUGAUGUUCAUAAGAGGAGAGUAACUGGUGGAGGGGAGGGGGCGGGUACAAUGUUUACAAUGAUAUAAUGAUAUAAUACAAUACAAUUUGGGUUGUGGGUUUGUAGAGUCUUAUUGACUGCUGUUAAAUAAUGGGUUGUAUCUGUGUGCAAGUGCAGAAAUAUUAGUCACAGAGGUCAACCUUGCAAUGUUUUAAUAAUGAUGUUUUUAUUUUCUUGGUAGUAUGGAUUAGUUCUGCAGGGCGUUGAUGUCCACUUAGGGAUCCUAUUCAAACCAUAGGUUCAAACUAGCUCGUGCCCUCUUUCAGAUAACACAUUUGUAGAGGAUUGCCUUGAGGGGCUACUCCCAAGUUAAUAACGACUAAUGUUUGAUUGUUGGAUCUGAUGUGGGUAAUAAAAAUGUACUAUACCGAA